GCACCGGCCCUUCCAGGUGGUGAGUGAGGGCGGCAAGCCCAAGGUGCGCGUGUCCUACCGCGGGGAGGACAAGGCGUUCUACCCCGAGGAGAUCUCGUCCAUGGUGCUGAGCAAGAUGAAGGAGACGGUCGAGGCGUACCUGGGCCAGCCGGUGAGGCACGCUGUGAUCACGGUGACCGCCUACUGCAACGACUCGCAGCGCCAGGCUACCAAGGACGCGGGUGCCAUCGCGGGGCUCAACGUGCUGAGGCUCAUCAACGAGCCCACAGCGGCCGCCAUCGCCUAUGGGCUGGGCCGGCGGGGCGCCGGAGAGCGCCGCGUGCUCAUUCUCGACCCGGGUGGGGGCACCUUCAACGUGUCGGUCCUCACUAUUGACGCCGGUCUCUUUGAGGUGAAGGCCACGGCGGGAGACACCCACUUGGGUGGAGAGGACUUUGACGACCAGCUGGUGCACCACUUCACAGAGGAGUUCCGACAGAAGCACGGGAAGGACCUGCGCGGGAACAAGCAGGCCCCACGCAGGCUUCGCACGGUCUGUGAGCGCGCCAAGCACACCCUGUCCUCCAGCACCCGGGCCACUCUGGAGAUCGAUUCCCUGUUCGAGGGCAUAGACUUCUACACGUCCAUCACUCGAGCCCACUUUGAGGAACUGUGCUCGGACCUUUUCCGCAGCACCCUGGAGCCAGUGGAGAAGGCCCUGCGGGACGCCAAGCUGGACAAGGCCCACAUUCACGACGUUGCUCUAGUGGGCGGCUUUACUCGCGUUCCCAAGGUGCAGAAGCUGCUGCAGGACUUCUUCAACCGCAGGGAGCUGAGCAAGAGCAUCAACCCGGAUGAGGCGGUGGCCUAUGGGGCUGCUGUGCAGGCAGCAGUGUUGAUGGGAGACAAGUGUGAGAAAGUGCAGGAUCUCCUGCUGCUGGACGUGGCUCCGCUGUCCCUGGGGCUGGAGACAGCAGGUGGAGUGAUGACCACGUCGAUCCAGAGGAAUGCCACCAUCCCUACCAAGCAGACCCAGACUUUCACCACCUAUUCGGACAACCAGCCUGGGGUCCUGAUCCAGGUGUAUGAGGGUGAGAGGGCCGUGACCGGGGACAACAACCUGCGGGGGCGCUUUGAGCUCGGUGGCAUCCCUCCUGCCCCCCAUGGGGUCCCCCAGAUAAAGGUGGCCUUUGACAUCGAUGCCAAUGGCAUCCUGAGUGUGGUGGCCACAGAUAGGGGCACAGGCAAGGCCAACAAGAUCACCAUCACCAAUGACAAGGGCCGGCUGAGCAAGGAAGAGGUGGAGAGGAUGGUUCGUGAGGCUGAGCAGUCCAAGGCUGAGGAUGAGGCCCAGAGGGACAGAGUGGCUGCCAAAAACUCCCUGGAGGCUCAUGUCUUCCAUGUGAAGAGCUCCUCGCAAGCGUAAAGCCUUAGGGACAAGAUUCUUGAAGAGGACAGGAGCAAAGUACAAGACAAAUGUCAGGAAGUCCUUGGCUGGCUGGAGCCCAAUCAGUUGGCAGAGAAAGAGGAGUAUGAGCAUCAGAAGAGGGAGCUGGAGCAAAUCUGUGGCCCGGUCUUCUCCAGGCUCUAUGGGGGGCCUGGUGUCCCUGGGGGUAGCAGUUGUGGAGCUCAAGCCCGCCAGAGAGCCUCCAGUACUGGCCCCAUCAUUGAAGAGGUCGACUGAAUGGCCCCUCCUGACAAGUCAGCUCUGACUGUAAGGGCUGGGCUCAUGGGCCCCCUAGACUUCUGUGACCCUGCCCUGUAACUUCAGGAACGGGAGUGGAGGGGAAUCUUCCCCCCGAACAGGGUGCUUUCUUCUCAGUAUGUUUCAUAACUGAUGUCUUUCUCCUUUGACUUUUUUUUAAUCCUCUUCUCUCACAUUAAACAAGCAGAACUAAUUAUUAUUCACAUGUGUGUGGCGUGUUAAUAUUGCUAUUACCUACAUUUUGUGUAUUUUGUUACUUGCGUGUACGGAUUUUGUUAUGUGAAAUAUAGAUCUAAGUAAACUUUUAAAGCUCCUUCU